AUGUCCCUUAGCAAUGCUGAUGUGAAAAAGCAUAAGCAUAUGAAGGCUUUCAUUGAACAAGAAGCUAAUGAGAAAGCAGAAGAAAUAGUUGCAAAAGCAGAAGAAGCGUUCAAUAUGAGAAAGGUCAUCUGGUGCGAAACCCAAAGACUAAAGAUUAUGGGAUACUGUGAGAUGAAAGAAAAGCAGGUUGAACAACAGAAAAAAAACCAGAUGUACAAUUUAAUGAAUCAAACAAGAAUCAAAGUCCUCAAGGAAAGCUGGAGAGAUAUGUUGCUGAAUGGAAUGGUCCUCCAGGUUUCCUAUCAUUUGUUAGAACCCCGAAUUAUUGUACUUUGCCAAAACCAGGAUUUCCCUCUGGUAAAGGCUGCUGUGCAAAAAGCAAUUUCUAUGUACAAAAUUACCACCAAAAAAGAUGUUGAUGUUCAAAUUUACCAGGAAGUCUACCUGUCUGAGGAAAUUUCUAGUGGAGUUGAGAUCUAUAACAGGGAUUUUAAAAUAAGAGUUUCCAUUACCCAAUAA